AUGGUGAAUUUAGCUAGCCAUUACAACUGUCACUCAAUUGGUAUUAAAUGUCCUACUUACCAAAUAAAUAUAUUAAAAGGAAUAACAGAGGAAAAUAUAAAUGGAAAUAAAUGUAAAUUAGGAACAAAUUAUAAACACCUUUUCAAUAAUCCAUCAAAUGGAAUAGUAGGUGGAUAUAGAAAUUCAUAUUUUAUUAAAACAAUUAUAUUGCAAAAAGGACAUAAAUUAAAGGAAAAUAAAAAAAAUAUAAUAAUAUUAAAAAAAAAAGACCAAAAUAUUAAUACAGCGCAUGUGCGUAAUUUAAAAAUCGCGUGCACAGAUGAUAAUAUAUUAAACCAAGAACAAAUUGAAUCGUCCAAUACUGAAAACAAUAUAAAUAUUAAUAAUCAACCUCAGAUAAAAAAUAACGACAUGCUUGGAGAAUGUGAAUAUAAUAUUGAAAAGGAAAGAGAUUAUGAUAUAAAAAAUGGAGAAGAAAAUAAUAGUAACAAAUUAAGUGACGAUUUAUUGGACGAAAUAAAUAUGAAUAAAAUCACUGAAGAAGAAAACAGUAUCGCCCACAAAAAUAUGGACGAUGAUGGUUUUGACAUACUAAAACAUUUUAAUGUAGAAAAUGAUAAUUCUUUAAUUAGUAAUGUAGACCCUGAAAAGAGCAAAGAUCUUAUAAAUAGCAAUUAUUUUAAAAAUAUGAUGAAAGAAUUAAAUUUGAAUGAAGAUGAAAUUUUAAGCAUGAUAAGAAAAAACGAAAAAAAUGUUACCAAAUUAAUUAGUGAAAAUUUAACAGUUGAACAAAUUGAAAAAAGAGCAAAAAAUGAAGAAAAACGUGACGAAGAAUUAUUUGAUGCUUAUAUGAAUAAUAAUUUAAGAAUAGGAAAUUAUAUUAGUUUUAAAAAAAUUGGAAAGAAAUAUAAAGAUAUUAUUAAAGAAGUUAUAACCAUUUUACUUCAUAAUAAUAUUCAAUUUAAAGAUAUUAUUAAAGAUAUUGAAGAAGGUAGAUAUGAAAUAAACAAACUGAUAUCUAUAUUAAAACACCAUGAGUUGUUUACAGAUUUAGAUAAUAGUGUUUUAGAUGAAAUAAUUAAAAAAUCAGUGUUAAUGGGAUAUCUUAAUGAAAAGUUUUCAAAUGACAUUCAUGAUUUUGAAUGGAAUAAAAAUUUUGAAAAUAUUAUUUUCAAUUCAAUAAAUAAUGAUAAUUUCAAAUUACGAGAUAUUUUAUGCACAUAUAAUAGCAUAAACGUAAGUAUUGCAAAUACAAAAAAAACUGAUAUAGAUUCGGAAGAGUAUGAUGAAAUAGAAAAUUCGAUAAAAUAUUCCAUUUCAGAAUAUGAAAAGAAUAAUUCCUUGGAUAUUCUUUCCUUUUUUAGUAUCUUCGUCAAUUUUAAUUGA